AUGGGUGUCGAGUCGACACUAGUUACCGCUCUUGGAACGGUCUCCGGUGGUGUCGGAUGGUUUUUCCCAGCCUUGGCAAUGGCCGUUGCCUACUUCCAAUAUGAAGUUAUGGAUAAAGAGUCACAACCUAUUGAUAUGCCGACAGAAUUGCUCCUCCCUUCUUAUGAUUUCAUUGUUGUUGGGGCUGGAUCUGCAGGGGCAGUUGUCGCGAGUCGCCUAUCGGAAAUCGAAAAAUGGAAUGUUCUGUUGUUGGAAGCCGGCGGUGAUGAAACUGAAAUAUCAGAUGUCCCGCUUCUCGCUGGGUACUUGCAACUAACGAAACUCGAUUGGAAAUACAAAACUGAGCCCCAAGGAGAUGCAUGCCUAGCGAUGGAAGGGGGCAGAUGCAAUUGGCCCCGAGGGAAAGUCCUGGGUGGUAGUAGUGUCCUUAAUUACAUGCUGUACCUCCGUGGCAAUAGAAAAGACUACGACCUCUGGGAGCAGCAGGGGAAUCCCGGCUGGAGUUCGAAGCACGUGCUCCACUACUUCAAGAAAUCCGAGGACAAUCAGAACCCCUACCUCGCGAAAACCAUUUACCACUCGACAGGUGGCUACCUGACCGUCCAGGAGGCGCCCUGGAGGACGCCCCUGGCCACGGCCUUCGUGGAGGCCGGCCAAGAGAUGGGCUACCAGAUCAGAGACAUCAACGGGGCCCACCAGAGUGGCUUCAUGAUCGCCCAGGGGACAAUCAGAGGCGGCAGCCGGUGCUCGACCUCCAAGGCCUUCCUUCGCCCUGCACGACUGCGUCAGAACCUUCACGUCGCACUCAACUCUCAAGUCACUAAAGUUCUCAUCGAUCCCAACACGAGACGAGCGUAUGGAGUGGAAAUGGUGCGAGGGGGUCAGAUGUACCGAAUCCGUGCGCGCAAAGAGGUGAUUCUCUCCGGCGGUUCCGUGAAUUCCCCCCAACUCCUGAUGCUCUCCGGAGUGGGGCCGAAGGACCACCUGGAGCAGCACGGCAUCCCAGUCAUCCAGAGCUCAGCGGUUGGAGAGAACCUGCAGGACCACGUGGGCCUGGGUGGCCUGACGUUCAUGGUGAACCAGGAGGUGUCGAUGGUGGAGAGUAGGCUGCACAGUGUCUCCGCUGUUAUGAGAUACGCUGUCUUCGGCGACGGUCCCCUCACGGUCCUCGGCGGAGUGGAGGGUCUCGGAUUCGUCAACACCAAGUACGUGAAUGCGUCCGACGACUUUCCCGACAUCGAACUCCACUUCAUCUCGGGUUCCACCAAUUCCGACGGGGGCAGGCAGAUAAGGAAGGUCCACGGCUUGACCCAGAGCUUCUACAACGCAGUCUUCGGUAAGAUCAGUAAUAAAGACGCCUGGAGUGUGAUACCGAUGCUGCUGCGACCCAAGAGCAGGGGCUUGAUAAGACUCAGGAGCAAGAGCCCCUUCGAUCACCCCCUGAUCUAUCCGAAUUAUUUCAAAGAGCGCGAGGACAUGGACACCCUCAUCGAGGGAGUGAAGAUUGGGGUGGCCCUGAGCAGAACAGCUGCUUUCAGGAAGUACGGGAGUGAGUUGAACCCCCAACCGUACCCCGGAUGCGAGAGGAUCCCUCUGUACACAGAUUUGUACUGGGAGUGCAUGAUCAGGCAUUAUUCAGCCACCAUCUACCACCCAGUGGGCACCUGCAAAAUGGGACCCUCUUGGGAUCCCGAUGCCGUUGUUGACCCACAGCUCAGGGUCUACGGGAUCACGGGACUCCGGGUCAUCGACGCCUCGAUCAUGCCCACUCUCGUGAGCGGAAACACCAAUGCCCCCGCUAUUAUGAUCGGGGAGAAGGGCUCCGACAUGAUUAAGGAGUUCUGGAUGAAUCGAAGGCGGAGGAACUUUGGGAAUAAGUGA